UGGGCAAUAAUCGCCUCACAUUCCCCGCCUCUCUUUCUCGCUCGUUCUCCUCCGAACAGGAAAAGCACGGCGUGGCGAUUUCCCUUUGCAGCUGAUCUCUCUUCGUCUGUGAGAGAACACAAGUGAAAGCUGAAGUGGUAGAAAGAUGUACAACGGUAUUGGGUUACAGACCCCAAGGGGAUCUGGAACUAAUGGGUACAUUCAGAGCAAUAAAUUCUUUGUGAAGCCCAAGAGCGGAAAAGUUUCUCUUGAACCCACCAAGGGAUUCUCAGCUGAUCAGGGAACUGCAGGUGUCUCCAAGAAGCCCAAUAGGGACAUCCUUGAACAUGACAGGAAGCGCCAGAUUCAGCUGAAGCUUGUGGUGUUGGAAGAGAAGCUCAGUGAUCAGGGUUACACAGAUGCUGAGAUUGCUGACCGGCUAGAGGAGGCAAGGAGGACUCUGGAAGCUGCUGCAGCUUCUGAAGCAACUGGUGGACCUGGUGCCAUAGUUGUUGCUGACAAAAAGGUUUCAGAUACUCAGUCCCACCAAAUUGCUGCUAGGAAAGAGAAGCAGAUGGAAACAUUAAGAGCUGCUCUUGGGAUUGGCAUCUCAGAAUUUGAUGAUCAAAAGAAGCAGAAUGUAGAAGAGAAUGAUGAUGAUAAACCAAGAACCAGGCGACCUUUCUUGGAUAGAGAGGUCAGAAAAGACAAGCUUGUGGUAGAAGAGCUUAAAGAUGAGAAAGAUGAUAUUGAGGAGAGUAUUAAAGAUUUACAAAGUAGGAGGAAAGAAGGUGGUAAAGACAGGUCCAAUGAGCUGAGUCAACGAAAGCACCAAGAAAGCAAGAAGAGAGGGUAUAGGAAUGAUUCUAGUGAUACAGACAGCAGUGGAAAACGUGCUAAAAGGAAAAAGAAGCAUCAUCAGAAGGCUAGUAGGGGGAGUGAGUCUGAAGAAGAUUCUGGUUCUGAUUCUGAUUCUGAUUCUGAUAUUGGGAGGAAGAAACAGCGAAAAUUAUCAAAGAAGCAUAAGAAGGGCAAAAGAUAUGAUACUGAUGAUUCUUCUUCUGCUUCUGACUCUGAUUCUGCUUCUGGGAGGAGGCAAAACACAUCAAAGAAGCAUAAGAAGGGCAUGACAUAUGACAGUGAUGAUUCUGCUUCUGAUCCUGAUGGUGAUGAUAUUGGUAAAGAGAGUCGCAAAAAGGAAGUUGGUAAAUCGUCUAAAGCUCGGAAGAGGCAUGACUCCGAUGAUGAUUCUAGUUUUGAUGAAGGUUUGCCUAACCUGAAAACUCAAAAAUGGAACCAACAUACAAAAUCAAGGAGGAAGCAUGAUUCUGAAGAUGAUUCUGAUACUGACAGUGAGAAGAAAAUUGAGACACGGAGAGGUUGGCACAGUAGAAGUCUCAGGGCAGAGAAAGAUAAUCCUGACAUGGAAAAUUACAAGAAAAGCCACAGCGGAAAGCAUGGGAAAAAUGGUGAAAGGUUUGAUAACAAUAGUGAUUCUGAUUCUGGGGGUCGACAUGGUAAAAACCUCAGGGCAGAGAAAGGUGAUCCUGAUGUGGAAAAUUACAGGAAAAGCUACAGCAGAAAGCAUGGGAAAAGUGGUGAAAAGUUUGACGACGAUAGUGAUUCUUAUUCUGGUCAAGGGAGAAAACAUGAAAAAGAAAAAAUUAAGAGAAGUUGGGGAAACAGAAGGCAUGAUACAGAUGAGGAUGAAUCUGAAUCUGAAUCUGACAAUGAUGAAUCAACAAAGAAAAACCAGAGAAGGAGGCAGCAUAAUAAUUCUGAAGAUGACUUUGAUAUUGCUGGUGAUGAAAAAGUACGGAACAUUCAGAGAACUAAGAGGCGUGAUACUGACAAGGAUGACUCUGAUAUUGGCAGUGAUGAAAAAGCUGAAAAGAUUCGGAGAAGCCGAAGGCAUGAUACUGAUAAUGAUGAUUCAGAUACAAAUAGUGGCAGGAAUAAUGCUGACCGAAGGCAUGGUAGAGACGAUGAGAGGUCUAGAGGAACAAAGCAUGAAAGAGAUGCAGUGGAGUAUGAAUCUAGAAGGUAUGGAAAAGGUGAGGAAGAGCAGAGGUAUGGAAGAGGGAGAGGUGAUAUGGAUUACAGAGAGCAUGGCAGUGGCAGAAAGUAUGGCAGGGAUUUGGAGGAUUCUGGGGAAAGAAAGCACAAGAGGGACAAUGAGGAUCAUGGGUAUAGAAGGCAUGAAAAAUAUGAUGAAGAGCAGCAGCAUGUAAAUAGGAAAAACUAUUUGGCUGAUGAGAAUCAUGGAGGCAGUGAAAGACAUAACAAUGAUGAAAUUGAGUCUAGGGCUAGAAAGCACAAAAGAGGUGAGGAGCAUGGAUAUGGAAUUCAUGGAAAAAAUGAGGAAGAGCAGGUGCAAGAGAGGGAGAGGAAAUAUUUGAAUAAUGAAGAGAAUGGAGGUGGUCGAAGGCACAGUUGGGUUGAAGAGGAAUCUGGGGGAAAAAAACGCAAAAUAAAUGAGGAAGAACAGGAUUUCAAAAGGCAUGGAAAAGAUGAGGAAGCACUUCGACACAAAAGGAGGAAUGAUUUGAAUAAUGAAGAGCAUAGAGGUGGGAAAAGGCAUAAUAGGGAUGAGGAGUCAGGGGAAAGAAAAUACAAGAGAGAUGAAAAGGUACAAGAGUAUGGUAGGUUUGGAAAAGAUGAGGAAGAGCAGCAAUGUGGAAGUAGUAGGAGACGUCAAAGAGGAGCGGAGGAAGAGCGUGGAAGCCGGAGGUAUGAGGGGGAUAGACAAACAGAAUCCUCGAAGAGGAGUAGAUAUGAAGAUUCUCAGAAUGAGAGGAGAAGGUAUGAGAACAACAGGGAUGAUGAUGGUCGGUUCCGCCGUUGACACUGGGAACUUCCUAUUUGUCUCUGAUCCAGUAGUAAUAUGUCUCAAAGCUAAGUGAUGAAGUUUUCUCCAGUGGAUGGACGGAUUUCCAGGGUUUGACUAGUGUGGAAGAUCUCUGGUAACCGCACUGCAUGAAAGAAUGUAUGUUUCUCCUUCUGAAUGGUUUUAAUUUGGUUGCAAGUUUUUCCGCCUCAGUUUUGUUAUGUAUUCGAUGUUGGUUGUAAUGCAAUACUAUAAUGAACAUGUGUGUUUAUGGUUCAUGUGCAUGAUGCCUUUCUACUC